UUAGUUUUUGUUUAGUUGCUCCAAUUUUGCUUUUACCUUUAAAUCGAAAAACUAGGGCAGUGGUUUAGGGUUUAUGGCACGGAUGAAAGGAGCCCAGCAUUUCCGGCAGCGCCUCGUGCUCUCGACGCUCUCCAACACCGCACUGAGGAUCGAUGACAUCCGCGCGGACAGUGAGGCGCCUGGAUUGUGUGAUUUCGAGGCGAGCUUGCUCCGUCUGGUGGAGAAGAUCAGCAAUGGCUGCGGGAUAGAGAUCAAUGAGACGGGCACGAAGCUGCGAUACAAGCCAGGGAUUUUAGCCGGUGGACGCAACCUCGUCCACGAUUGUGGGACGGGUCGCGGAAUUGGAUACUUUCUCGAGCCUCUCAUCAUCUUGGGAUUGUUUGGAAAGAAGCCGCUCUCGAUCACACUGAGAGGCAUUACAAAUGACAGCAGGGAUCCCUGCGUCGACACCUUUCGCACAGCAACACUGCCAAUGCUCAAGCACUUUGGUGUUCCAAUCGAAGGCCUAGAACUCAAGGUUGUUGCCCGCGGAGCUCCUCCCUUGGGUGGCGGUGAAGUCGUCCUCAAAGUUCCCAUUGUCCCCAAGAGCCUCACGGCUGCUACAUGGGUGGACGAGGGCAUGGUGAAACGUAUCCGAGGAGUGAGUUACUCCACACGCGUCUCACCUCAUAUGGCCAAUCGAAUGGUUGAUGCCGCUCGUGGUGUGCUAAAUCGCUUGCUCCCCGACGUGUACAUCUUUACCGAUCACUACACUGGUUCGGAGUCCGGGAAAUCUCCGGGCUAUGGGAUCUCACUGGUGGCAGAAACGACCACCGGCUGCAUUUUAAGCUCUGAGUGCGUGGCUAUGCAUUCAGGAGCAUCCGAGCUCCAACUUCCAGAGGACCUGGGGACGCAAGCAGCCAUGUCCUUGCUACAGGAGAUAAGGCUGGGAGGAGUCGUAGAUUCAACUCACCAGGGGUUGCUGUUCAUCCUCUGUGCUCUGUGCCCGGAAGAUGUUUCCAAAGUCAGGGUCGGGAAGCUCUCUUCUUACGGUAUCAAGAUGCUGCAACACAUCAAAGAAUUCCUGGGAGUGCAGUUUAGUAUCAAGCCUGACCCGGCGACAGGCACGGUUCUACUUACGUGUGUUGGAAGUGGCUUCCAAAAUCUCUACAGGAAAGUUUCAUGAGUCACUGGGGCCAUAGCUCUAACAAAAGGAAACUGAAUCAGUUACAUGGAA